GGCGCCACCGCCAUGAAGCAAGUCGUGGGCAUCAUCCCUGCCCGCUUGAAGUCCACUCGGUUUCCUGCCAAGCCCCUCGCACUGCUAUGCGGCCGACCGAUGAUCCAGCACACGUAUGAAGCUGCAUGCAGGGCCACGUCCUUGGAUCAGGUGUACGUGGCCACGGACUCGGACGCGAUCGUAGCCGCCGUGAACCAGCCAUCGAGCACGCUGCUGACCAGCGAGGCGUGUGAGAACGGCACAGACCGCGUCCUGGACGCAUUACGACAGCUGGGCGAUGCCGUCGCUUCCUCGUACGAGAUCGUGGUCAACAUUCAAGGCGACGAGCCGUUGGUGGACCCAUCGCACAUCGACCUGUGCGUAGCUGCCCUCCAGAACGACCCGUCUUGCGUCAUGAGCACAUUGAUGGCGCCAAUCCUCGACGAGUCCGAAGCGCGUAGUCCCCACAUCGUCAAAUGCGUGACAGAUCGCCACAGCAAUGCAUUGUACUUUUCGCGAUCCAUGAUUCCUAGCUCCAAAGACAACACGUUUGUACCGAAUCGAAUCAUGAAGCACAUUGGGCUAUAUGCUUUCCGCCGCUCGUUCCUUGUAGACGUGUUCCCGCACUUGGAGCCUUUCAACUCGUCGGAAGACCUGGAGCAGCUCCGCGUGCUAGAAGGCGGGUACAAAAUCAAGAUGGUCACGGUGCCAUUUGCCUAUCCAGGGGUCGAUUUACCGUCAGAUAUUGCCAAACUCGAGAAGUUUAUGACUCGAUAAAUAAUGCCACCGACUCCGCACUCUC